CACGAUCUUGGUGAUAGGCCUUUUAGAGAGUGCUAUUUUUGAGAGGUGCCAGCUCGUAAGCCAGCAUCCAAGUAGUGCUUACUUGCCACCAUCGAAUCUUUUCCUACCAGCCUACCAACGUGGCCCUGUACUAACAGAGCCUCAGCUUUGCAAUUUGUGGUUUUUUUUUCUCUACCUCUUAUCUUCAGUUAUAUCCGUGUGAUUCUUGGUUACUACUCUGUAGAAAGGCAAUCUUUUACGCGAGUCAUCCGUCACAAAGUCAAAAGUUAAGCACACUUACAUGAGUCCCCUCGAGGUGCUACGAGACGAGAGGCCAGGUGCCGAAGCUCUAAAUCUGGUGAAAUCUCACGCAUUUAGGAGUUUUCUUGGGGUAUCUGGUAGUCGAAAACGUCGAAUCUGAAAAGCCUCACAAUGGGUAGACUUCGAAAUUGCGUGGGCUGCAUUGGGUUGGUGGGUUUGGCAGUUCUAACUCCAACCGCGACCGCUAUGGAGGACGAUCGAUACCAGAUCCACCAGUUAGAAAAGAAUCAUAACAUCUUGCGCCACCCAAAACGCGAAGCGACUUGCCAACAAUCAGGUUUUACUCUAUGUCCCGCUUCUGCAGAUGGUGGAUGCUGUCCCGAAAAUUACGCCUGUGCCAUAUCCUCCUGUUAUGCCACAACGGCGGGACCUACGUCCGCAUGUGGAACAACAGGAUAUUAUAGCUGUCCAGUCACAGCUGGUGUAGGAGCCUGUUGUCCCGUGGGUUUUCUUUGCGGGAGCGACACAGAGGACUGCUUGCCGCCGGCCGGAGUAUCAUAUUCGCAAUCAUGCCCGUCGUCGUGGUUUGGUUGCGCAGCUUCUCUUGGGUACGGUUGUUGCCCAGACGGAAUGGUCUGCGGAAGCGCUACUUGUUAUGGAACCUCCCUAAAAACGCUUCCAGUAAGCGAAACGGUAACCACUACUAACUCCGAGGGGAAUACUAUUACAACAAUGGUCACGAUCUCUUCAGUCAUUUCCCCGGGCCCGGAUCCUUCGGAUACAUCGUCUGCUACAGCCGCUGGCGUAGCAAAGUUAAUUCCCAGUACUGUUUCUAAGUUGCCAGCUCUCGAGACUAGUAGCGGCGGUGGUAGCGGUGGCAACGGUCUCAGUGAAGCUGAAAUUGGUGGUAUAGUUGGGGGUGCUAUCGCAUUGCUGGCUGUCAUAAUCGUCAUCGCCGUAGUUAUCAUAUGGCGGCUUAAACGGACGGAGAAAGCUGCUAAAGCCGCGGCAAAGUCCAGACAUGGAGACUCAAGCGGCGUACCGCGCUCGCAGAAAUCGGGCUAUGGACAAUUAUCAAUAUCAGAAGUCGACGGUACAGAUGUGGAUUCUAUUAUGCGGACCCGGAACGCCCACUUUCGAGCCCGAUCCGACUCGUCUACCGUGGGCGAGCAAUCCCGUUCGGAGACGCCAAACUACUAUGGCUCCAAUGCUUCCGCGACGCCGCCUGCUUGGCCCGGAUAUUUCCCCCAGCUUCCGGGAUCUGACGCAUCAGACGGCCGUCAGUCAAGCCUAGAUUCCUAUGGCGCACGUCACGAUAACGGGUUGUUUCCGGCACGACCCAGCGUCGACUCGGAGGCACCUCGUACGCACGUGCGCAAAUGGAGCGACGCGAGCGAAUUGGACGGCAGUAUUGUCGGCGCACAUGGCGUAUCAGAAUUAGCCAGUCCUGACUCCCUCGAGGCGACAAGGCGGCGGUCUAACAGCUCAACGCGCCCUCCCAGGGCCCAAGUCAGACGGUCCAGCGACCCAUCAGGGAACUCGCGAGUAACGCGUGGCGAGGGCGUGACACCGACAACAGCCCCCCUAGGAACGCUUACCGAGAUUGCCGAACUACACGGAUAUUAUGGAUCUCCAGAUAUCGCAGUUGGCCAAACUGCCGCAAAGCUCAAUCAUAAGAAUUCGACUAUUAGCUCAUCACCGGGGUAUGACACAUAAAUACAUUGUACUACGACGCUACCUUAUAUGACUGAAGUCCAAAUAUCCAUCACGGGGCAUGGACGGCUUAUAGGAAUAUAGAAUGUACACAUGAGAGUAUAUUGUCGCUAGGCUUGUAUCGGCCGAUGUGUUAAAAUGGGAGGUUGCUCUAUACCGCUUUUUCUACUGUCUUUGGGUGGGAGGAGCUUGUACGGCGUUUAUCGGUUAUACCCACACGAUCUUACUCUUAUUUUACGUACUCCCUAUACAAUCCUAGGACGGGAACUC